AUGGCUGAUGAAAUUGCAUCAGCAAUGGAGCAGGAAAUGGUGGAAGAGCAGGCUAUAAAGUGCCCAAGGCCUUCAGCAAAGAGGCAAAGGAAAGGAUCUCCUGACGCCCGAGAAGAAACAGAUAAAGAACGUAUAGACGAUAGUCUUCUGCAAGAUGCACGUAGAAUCAAAGAAAACAUCAGGGUCUACAUGAACGCAACAGACAGGAACGUGAGUGCGAAGUGGAAAAAGCAGUACCUAUGGUUAUCGAGGGAAUCAAGACGGAAAGUAAAACCAUACAAAGACCACUGUCAGAACCUCAGACAUCUCGGGAGUUUCCAUGCGUUAAAGAACAACCGCUAUUAG